GAAAUAUUUUUUAUACUAUCCUUUCCCUCCCGAAAUAGUAGGGGAUGAAUGGGUAGGCAGCUAAACCAACAGUUUGCUAAUACAGGAUUAGAAAGGAAAAAAGAUUUGAUUUCCUGGGAGACCCAAAAAAAAAAAAAAAAAAAAGAUUUUGACUCUUUCAGGGAUCAAAAAAUUUUUCAAUUUUUUAUCUUUGAUAUAUUGGUGUCACAUUUUCUAUUUGACCAAUUCCAGAUUUUUUUUUUGUUGAUGAUUCUUUGAAUAUUAUAGGAUAUGAUAUCAUAUAUAGUAGUAAGAGAAGGAAAUUAAGUGAGAAUGAUCUGUUUUUCAUGUUGCAUAUCAUCAAGAGACGGGGAAAAUACUCACACAAAAUCCUUCACAAAAAGAUUUCAUAAAGAACAAGAAGAAGAAACCAAAUCUAUAGCCUCAUUUGCCAACAUUUCUAUUAAAACUGAUAGCAGCAGAAGGAAAUACAUAGUUGAAGAAAUAGAAAAGUAUGGAAAAGGGAAUAUUUCAGCUCAGACAUUCACAUACAAUGACUUGGCUCUUGCCACUAAGAACUUCGACCCUGAUGAGUGCUUGCUUGGUGAAGGUGGUUUUGGGAAAGUGUACAAGGGCCACAUUGAAAGCAAGAAUAUAUAUGUGGCUGUAAAGCAACUUGAUAGGAAUGGCUUCCAAGGGAAUAGAGAGUUCCUUGUGGAGGUUCUGUUGUUGAGCCUUCUUCAUCACCCUAACCUUGUUACUUUGGAAGGAUACUGUUCAGACGGCGACCAGAGAAUAUUAGUAUAUGAAUUCAUGGCAAAUGGUUCACUGGAAGAUCAUCUUCUUGAGCUUGGUCCAGAACAAAGGCCAUUUGAUUGGAUUACAAGGAUGAAAAUUGCGGAAGGAGCAGCGAAAGGACUUGAGUACUUGCACGAAACAGCUAAUCCUUCCGUAAUUUACCGCGACUUUAAAACAUCCAAUAUACUUCUAGAUGAGAACUUCAAUCCAAAACUUUCUGAUUUUGGACUAGCCAAGCUAGGUCCAACUGGUGAUAAAACUCAUGUUUCCACCAGGGUCAUGGGAACCUAUGGUUAUUGUGCGCCAGAGUAUGCAUCCACGGGUCAAUUAACGACAAAAUCUGAUGUUUACAGCUUUGGAGUUGUCUUUUUAGAAAUAAUCACAGGCAGAAGAGUCAUUGACAACUCAAAACCGAGCGAAGAACAGAACCUUGUUGUUUGGGCAACGCCAUUGUUCAGAGACAAGGGGAAGUUUCACUUAAUGGCAGAUCCAUUGAUGGAAGGGGAUUACCCGAUGAAGGCAUUGUACCAAGCACUAGCAAUAGCAGCAAUGUGCCUGCAAGAGGAAGCCAAUACACGGCCUUUGAUGAGCGACGUGGUGACUGCUUUGGAGUUUCUAUCGGGGAACAGGAAAGAAUUAGAUGCAGAGGACGAGGACGAGUACGAGAAGGUGGAGAAGGAGAAGGAGAAGGCUCCACAGGAGAUGACUUUCAAAUCCCCGCCAGCAUUGCAAAGCUUUACAAGUAGACUUGAACGUGCUGAAAUUAACGAUACCAAUGGCAUUAGAGAAAGAGACUAGAACCUUCUGUGCAUAACUGAAAACUUUUUUGAAGAUUUUGUAUAUUAUUUUGUCGGCUCCCCACAAGGCUUUGGAAGUAAUAUCAGAAUUGGAAGAAAGAAGACAAUGAUAUUGUUAGAGACUAAAACCUUCUGUGAAUAUAUAAACUUUGUUUGCUUUCUAAGUUACUCAGAUUUUCCGUA